AAGUGGCACAGCUGGAAGUGAUCUGAAGCGCGCCCCGCAAGAGAAGGACCCGGGACUCGCCAGGAAGGGGUGGGAAGAAAAUGGAUUCUCGCCUACAGCCUCCAGUCCUGCAGCUCCACCAUGGUUCCUGGUAACCUGCCUGUCCUGGCGGUUCUGCUCAUCCAUCUCGCCUUCUGGGGUUCUGAAGGCCCUCGGGUGGCCUCCGCUACGGAGACAGGCAAGGCGCCCCAGAAGCCAGCUCCUCUCCAGUCCCUCCAAGCUGUCCUGUUGAGACGUCUGGGCUUGCAAAGACGGCCGCGGCCCAAGCCAGGGCUUCUGGUCCCCCAGUACCUGUUGGAUCUGUACCAGUUCUGCUUGGGGAAAGCUGCCUCCUCUUUCUCAGAUUCGGAGUGGCCCUUCCUGGAGGAACGAGCGGCAACGGCCAACACCGUGCGCGCCUUCCAUCACGUCGAGCAUUUGGACCGCACCCCUGAAGUAGCAGGAAGUUCGUUCUACUUCCUGUUCAACCUCACUUUGCUCCCUGAGGAGGAGGAGCUGACGGCCCUGGAGCUGCGUCUCUACCGGUCGCCGAAAGAGGGCAGGGGCUUCCACGUCAGCAUCCACCACGCAAUGGAUCCCCCCUCGGCUUCCGGAAACGAGAGCGGGCUCCUCGUUCGCAGGUUCUUGCCCGUCAGCCGGCCCCAGUGGGAGAGCUUUGAUGUGACUGCUGCUUUUGAGAAGGCGAAGGGACGGAAAUGCCAUCUUGGGAUUCUGGUCACGUUGGAGUGCCCGAACGGCAGCCAAGGGCUUUGGCCCCAAGCCCCGCUUCGGGCAAAGCGGUCUCCUGGCGAGGAGGAGGCGCAGUGGGCUCUAGAAAGGCCGCUGCUGGUUGCCUAUAGUCAGGACAGAAGAGGGCAGCCUCUGUCACGUGGGAAACGGCAGAGCAAAAGCCAACCGGGCGGACUCAACCAGAGAGGCGGCAGGAGAACCUUAAAAUUCCCUGCGUACAGGAGCAAGCCGAAGAGCCCGAAGCCAAAGAGCAAAGCCAGCGUGAGAUGCAGAAGGCACCGUCUCUUCGUGGACUUCAAGGAGGUGGGGUGGAACGACUGGAUCGUUGCCCCCAGCGGCUACCACGCCUUCUACUGCUCCGGGGAGUGCCGCUUCCCACUGGCCGACCACAUGAACGCCUCCAGUCACGCCGUGGUGCAGACCAUGCUGAACUCAAUGAAUCCCAGGGUGCCCAAAGCCUGCUGCGUCCCGACAGAUCUCAGCCCCAUCGCUAUGCUCUAUCUGGACCAGCACGACAUGGUGGUUCUAAAGACCUACCAGGACAUGGUGGUGGAAGGUUGUGGGUGCCGCUAGAAGUGACAGGUG